GACUCAGACCUGCAGUAAACAGGUAUAGCUUAUCUGCACUGACAUCGUGUAACAACCUUCAUUGCCUAUCAGACUUAAUAUACGAAAGCAUGUCUUCGUCCAAUAUCAGAGUGGUCGUCAAACUCCCAUACAACCGCCCUGAGCACCCUCACCGCGAACCCCCUAGAAUUGAGUGGAAUGCAGAAAAGGCCAACGUUCUGUGGGAAGUAAUCGCUCUGUCGAGGACGAGCGAUAACGGCGGGACAGAUUGGAAAGGCCUCGCCGCACACCUAGAGGUGCCUCUUCCUUACCUGCUGUACCGCGCUCAAGCAAGAUAUGAAGAAGACCUACGUGGCCUUCAAGACAUCAAAGGUGUACUGAGCCCUACUUCCGGACAGCCAAUAACAAAAGUAAGCGAAGAACCCUCAGCGCCGGAACCUUUAUCAAUUCGAAUCCCACAAAGACGACCGAGUGGAAGCGCAGCUAGACUCUCUGCACUUUCCUCGUCGGGUCGAAUCUCUACGCCGCUGGGGGUACGUGCUCGUCUAAACUCUCUAGGCCACCAUACCCCAGCACAGCCCAAGAAAGCCUCGUCUUCGUCUACUUUGACUUUACCAAAGAAAAUUCAAUCCCACUUGCGCCCAGCUUCUGAGUCUUCCUCUGACGAGACCGAUUCUGAUGACGAGCAACUCGCCAGGGAGGAAGAAGCCGAUAGAAAGCACGAAGAGCAGGAAACUUUGGAUCGUAAACUAGCAAAUCUCCAGAAGUUGAUUACAAAUGAUGCUUUGGGACUUGUCAGCUCACCAGAGUCCAAAGGAAAGAGCAAGGAGAUCACACGUGGGCGGUCUAUUUCUGCCCUUCCUCGGCCUCUCCAUGAGAGUUUUCGCCAAGACGAGGUGAACAAUCGCGAUCAUAGUGCUAGUGUGUCUAGUGCAAGCUCUCCUCGGGAAUCACUUCCAUCCAUAUCCUCGCCUCCACCUGAGUCUCAGCCGCACUCUCCAAUGAGCAGACACAUUUCAUCCAGUAAAUCUUCCAGUCCACCUGCACUGUCCUCACGGAAUGCAAAGGGCCAACCUCAUAUGCGCUUUGGGGCUUUGGUCGCUCAAGCAAACGCGAGCGAGCAGGAAAGCAGUCAAGGGUCCUCUGCUUCUAGCUUCAGCGACAUAAGUGAUGCAAGUCUCUCUGCAUCUGCUUUAGAAAGUGCGCUGCUAUCAAAUAUCCGAGGCGGUGGGUCUCGAUUCUCUGCUAUCGCAAGAAGUCGGUUCAGUGGUCGAGGCAUCCGCCAGUAGCAGUGUUAGAAUUACGAUUGCCUGGCUAACAUGAUGAGACCACACUUGAUUACCAAGUGUCCGGAUUUUGCUUAUGAUUUGUUGACGCCUACUUACUACAGGACAUGUCGACACUUAUUAAUUACCCGUAUUAUUCCCUUUGUUCAAGUACUUCUGUGCAGUUCUAGCACCUUCCAUAUUGCUUGCGUGUCUUCAUUGUGCCAAAGUGCUGAAAGAGACAAGGGAAAUGCAAUUGUAACCGCGAAGUACCUGUAUUCUACUCAUACGAUCAUCCUGAUCUGGACCAACUUCCUCGAACUUCGACCAUCACAUUCGCGACUCUACAGCCAAAUUUGCUAUUAGCUUUUUCAUUUCUUCCCCUUUAAAAGCCCUGUUGCUCCUACGAUGGAACUGACAUUUAUUAAUGACCUCGGCCAACCUUUCGUUGUCGAGAUCGACCCAAAUAUGGAGCUAGAGAAUGUUAUGGCUCUCGUCGAGGCCGAAGUGAGCCCACUUGGGUCUACCCAGCAGCGACGAUAAUAAAAACAUUAACAAUGGAAUUCUUGUUUAAUCGCAGUCCGGCGUGCCAGUCAGCGAGCAAAGCAUAUCGUACGAGAAUAGGGAGCUGAGUAACCCAAAGGCAACGAUGCGGGAAUGUGGAGUGAACGAUAAAGCGAUACUCUUGCUCAGGCGAAAGGUGGGGCGAAGUGCAGGUGGCAGGCCGAUAGAGCAGGAUGCAGAGAUGAUGCGUUUACAGAUACUCGGCGACCCACAGCUCAUGCGCCAACUCCAAGAAACUCAGCCGGAAGUGGCAGCUGCUGCACAAACAAACCCUGCAAGAUUCGCUGAACUCCUUCGUCAGACGAGAGACCGUCAGUACGAGGCAGAACUUGCCCAGCAACGCGAGGUCUCGCGGCUGAAUGCGGAUCCAUUCGAUGUCGAGGCCCAGCGCCGUAUUGAAGAGGCCAUUCGUCAACAGGCGGUUAUGGAGAACAUGGAGCAUGCGCUUGAGUACGCACCAGAGAGCUUUGGAAGGGUUACGAUGCUUUAUAUUCCUGUGGAAGUCAACUCGAAACCAGUCAAAGCCUUCGUUGACAGCGGUGCGCAACAAACUAUCAUGAGUCCAGAAUGUGCCGAAGCAUGCGGUAUAAUGCGGCUCGUCGACCAAAGAUUCGCAGGCAUCG